AUGGCCAACACUUUCCAGCUUUUCUCAUCCGUCACCGUUCUUCUUCUAGCCCUAACAAUGGCGUCGUCAACCCAUGCAAGGCCAUUGGCAACUCCGAAGCUAACCCUCGAAGCUCGCUUGCGUCUGGAUGCCGAUUCACCGAGUUGCUGGGAAUCUUUGACUCAGAUUCAAUCCUGCACUGGAGAAAUUAUCUUGUUCUUCCUCAACGGUGAAACGUACCUCGGUGAUGCAUGUUGUCACGCUAUUCGUACGAUUAACCAUCAAUGUUGGCCGGACAUGUUUGAAACCCUAGGGUAUACGACGGAAGAAGGUGACGUACUUGAAGGAUACUGCGACCAUGAAACUGCCAAGUCUCAUCCUUCUCCGCCGUCUAUGAAGGCUGAUGUGGUUGUUCCGGUGAAUGAUCUGCUUCCUUGA